CAAGCGAGAAAGCACCCACGUUCAGAGCAUGAGGCAAACUAACUAUAACGAGCUCAAGAAAAAGAACAUAAAUGAGUUCAAUUUCAAAGCAGAAGAAUACACCCUCCAUCAACCAAGAGGAGGAAGCAUUUGCUCAUGCCUCUUAUUACACUCAAGUACCUCAUUACACGAUGUCUUGGUAGCUUCUGUGCAACUUGGCUUAUAUUUUGUUAGCAAUGCCAAAGGAGAUGGCAGAUCGAUCCACGCUUCAUUGUCUUAA